UUAAAUAUGCAGUCCAACAAGGUUGUCUUCGUGUUCUUUGGUAUCAUCGCCAUGGUGAUGGCCGCCAGUCUCUCCUCAAAAGUUAAGGAACAGGAUGAUGAUGUGAUCAGUGAUCGUCGUUUCCGCUGGGAAUUCUCGCAGGAUUCUGAUGAGUCUGCCAACGACUUGCAAGAAGACGAUGAUGAUGAUGUUGAAAAUGAUGACGAUCAAGAUGAUAGCGGUAGCGGAUCCGAGGAAAUUUGGAUCAUCGAAUAUCCUGAAGGCUACGAAAGCGCCUCCGAUGAAAGCGCCUCCAAUGAAAGCGCCUCCAAUGAAAGCGCCUCCAAUGAAUCUUAA